GGCCUGGGCAAAAAUCCGAAAUCCAAAAACCAAACCCGAACCCGAACCGAAAAACCCAAACCCGAUCCGAACCCGUUACUGACAAAUAUCCGAUAGGGGGCUAGUGUCUUGGUAGUUCGGGUUCGGUUUCGGUUAUAUCCGAAAACCCGAACAUACCCGAAUGUAUAUAUACACAUAUAUUAUAUGUACAUAAGAUACAUUACCUACUGUACUAGACUAUAAGUUAUACAAACGGUUGAGAGACUUGGGCGGUUGCAGUAAUCACUUUUUCACUAAAUCUUCAAAGUUUUUCUUCUUCUCCUUCUGAGAUCUCAAGUAAUCCCUUUUAUUUGCAGCACAAUUUGCGUUUUUUUGUUCUUCUUCUAAUUAUUAGGUUCGAGGCUAACUUGAAGUUGAAUCUCUCUUUUAUUUGUUUCAUGGAUUUGUGUUUUUUUUUUUUUGUUGAAUGUAGGAUUUUAUGAAUUAUGUAUUAUGAAUUUUAGGACAUAGUUUGGUUUUUUCUUUUUAAUGAUAAUGGUUACUUUGAAUGCAUAAUAACCGAACCGAACCCGAAGUAAUCCGAACCAAACACGAUCCGAACAUAUAAAAUAUCUGAAUGGAGGCUCGAGGUGUACACCCGAAAAACCGAAAAACCGAACAAACCGAACCGAACCCGAAUGGACAUCCAAACGCCCAUGCCUAUUGUGGACCCCUGCUCUGUCGGGUAUCCGAUAGCUAACACGUGGACCCUUGCCCUAUCGUCAAGCGUUGGGAUACCUGGAUUAUCACAAAAAAGUAUAUAUAGUACCAUGAAUACACCAAGUUAACAAAACAAAACAACUUCAAAUAAAAAGAAAAAUGAAAAGCCUUUUAGUGUUUCUAUUUGUUUUUAGCAUUUACAUGCUUGGCUACGUAUCAGGUAGAGCCGAAGUCAGAAUCACGAAUGAACUUAAAUUCCAGAAACGCUUAUGGAUGAAGUGUUAUUCCAAAGAUAACGUAAUUGGCCCGACUAUCAUACCAAUUGGACAAUAUUCUAAAAUUCGUUUUCUGGCUAACCUUUGGGGUACGUCUCGUUACAUGUGUACAUUGAAACAAGGACCUAACUAUAAACACUAUCAGAAUUUUACAGCAUUUAAGCAAUUAUAUUGGUCUGAUUAUGGAGGCACAUGGUAUUGGGGAGCCAGAGAAGAUGGUAUCUAUUUAAAGAGAGAAGGUGGCGAGAAACCGAUCGAUUUAUAUAAAGCAUAUGAUUGGAUAAAUUAAAAUUGGAUAACGAUAGCUUUAACAUGUAUUUGAUUAAAAAGACAAAAUGAUAUAUAUCAUAGUUGAAUAUUUACAACUUAAACUAGAUUACACAUUGUUUUCCCCCUUAAA